GGGGCGGGGCGCCAGCGGCUGACAGGCAGCGCCGCAGCGGAGGCAGCGGCCGCACCGCAGAGGGGACGCAGCCACAGCUCAGUGCCCCCACCCUCGCCGUCCCGGCCGUCGGUCCGGGUCCGCGGGCCCUGCGGCGACCCUCGGCACCAAGCACCGGGCGAGCGGCGACAGCGGGGCCAUGGCCAUGGCCACCGUGGCGGCUCCGUCUGCCUGGGCCCUCGGGGUCUCGAGCCCGGCCGCCGCCCCCAGCUCCUACGGGGUGUUCUGCAAAGGGCUCUCCCGCACGCUGCUCGCCUUCUUCGAGCUGGCCUGGCAGCUGCGCUCGAAUUUCCCGUACUUCUACGUCGCGGGCUCCGUCAUCCUCAACAUCCGCUUGCAGGUACAUUUCUAGAGUCGCGAUUACGCUAACGGUCUCCGGACCGGCACCAUGGCGGACUCCCAGCAGGCCCCGCGACGGAGCGGAGCGGAGCUGCGGACGCGGCCUCCUGGGUCUCGCGAGAGUGGCCGGACGCCCAGCGCGGCUGCGCUCGCCGCUGUCCGCCGAGCUCCGGGGCGGCCUCGGGAGCCCUGCCGGGACCGGAGAGGACAGACGGGAUGUCCAGCAACUGGGGAGAAUUUAAUCACGGCCCACGACAAGAUCUAAGAAGCUGCGCGCCCUUAAAAACAAAAUCAGGACGAACAGGAUGCGUUAUAUCAACAACAGAAGGCGACUGAAUUUUUCAGGAAACCAAUGUAACAUACAAGCUCAUGGCUCAAAUUAAGAUUUUAAAAAAUCACCCAUUUCGGGAAUUUGGGGUUGACUUGUAAGCAAGAGAUUGAAUGAGUGGAGAAGCUGAAGAUCUUGAGGAUAUGACGUGGAAGGCAUGUAUUUCUUCAUUCCCCCAGGAGAAAAUGACAGUCAGAUUUUCAGUGAGAUUAAAAAAAACUGUACAGGAAAAGCAUCCUUCCGAUGUCAAACAGUGUACAUCGCUGCAGGAUUUUUGAGCAGAGGGUUGGAGUGUAAUGUAAGGCACUGUUUCGGCGUCCCUCUGAGUGGCCCGGCUCCAGACCUCGGCGCCAAAGAAAAGGAAACCCAGUUCAGCACAAAGCCUGACUAUUUAAUGAAUAACAUUUAAAUAAUCAGAAUAAUUUAUGCAAAUGCUGCCUGUCGUCUUUUUCUUUUAAGAGGAUACUUAAUUAUGGUUACAAAGUAGAAUACAAGUGUGGUCACCCGUGAUCAUGUAACAGUACAGUUUUCAGGGGCGGGUGUUGAAGGGAGGAGAGGAAGGGAAAUGGAGUGGUAGUGGGGUCUUUAUGUAAAGUGGGAAGUUGAAAGAUACAGUCCUGCUCACGAGGAAAGAAGACAUUUUGUGAGAGAGUGGCCAUAAGGUUGCUAAAAUAGCAUCGGAACUAUUAAACAGGGAGGAGAGUAGAACAGCAGUUAAGUCAAUGAAUGCUUAAAGACGGAGUGUCAGGUGGCAAGUCUCAAAAGGAAAACUGAAUACCUGGUAUGUUGGAAUAUAGAGUUGAGAUUUUGAGUGUUUCAGAGAGUCUGGAGAUGAAUUAGUGGUCUGCAGAUGUUUAUUUUUAUUGUUUUUAAUAAGAAAACAAAGCUGAGGCAAUUAUGAACCCAGGAAAAAUAAAAGCUUGUUCAGGAACUAUGCUGCAUACCUCAACUGUGAAUAGCACUCGUCAUAAAGUCAGUCAUAAUUACGUUAGCACUGAAUAUGGAUAGAACACGAUUAUGUAACAUGGGAGGGGUGGAGAGGAGAGGUGUGUGUAAUGGGGAAGAAUCAGUCAAUAAAACAAUAUUGGACAUGUUAUUUUUUUAAAAAAACUGCAAUACAAGGCAGCUAAGAGUUAAAAGUGGUUGUCUGAAGAAAAAAAUCAGGGAUGGAAAGAGAAAAGGUGGAAGACAGCUGUUUUCUGCCACCAGUCUAACAGUAUUUUGAUUUCUCUUUAUUUCUUUGAUUGAAAAUUAAAUAAAUUUUAUUUUUUUAAAUUGCUCAGGUAAUUGAAAUGUGCACCACUGGUUAAGAGCCACCCGGGUAAAAGGAUUGGGUUUUUUAAUCAGCAGACCUCUUAAAAUGCAAACUCUAAUGUUGUAGUCAGGUGAGCCCAUUAAUCCGCCUAAGCCUCAGUGUCCUCAACUAUUAAAUGAUGGCAAAGUACCCACCUUGACUGGUCAGCUGAGAAUUACAAAUAAGCCUGCUUUAGUGCUUGAUAUAUGCUUCUAAUAAGUACCAGGUAAUCUUUAACCAUUUUUCUGAAAGGGAUACUUUCUAAGCCAAACUAUCCUCAAUAUCUGAAUCUAAAUAUAGCCAAUGUGAUUAGAAUUUCACCUUUCCAAAAGCAAGAUAAUCACAGGUACAAUCAUUAGGAAAUUUCUUUUUAUUUUUUCUUUCAGUUUUAUGAGAUAUAAUUGCCAUACAGCACUGUGUAAGUUUAAGAUAGACAGCAUAAUGACUUGACUUACAUAUAUUAUGAAAUGAUUACCACACUCAGUUUAGUUAACAUCCGUCAGCUCACAUAAACACCCAAAAAAUGUCUCUUUGUGAUGAAAACAUUUAAGAUCCAUCCACUCUUUUAGAAACUUUCAAAUAUACCAUAAAGCAGUGUUAAUUAUACUAAUCGUGUUGUACAUUAUAUCCCCAGUAUAAUCUUAUCUCUCUUAUAACUGGAAGUUUAUGUUUUGACCGCCAUCCCCAUCCCCACUCAGAAAAUUUCUUAUAUAGUGUCCAACAUAAUGAAUACAGUCUAAAAAUCUAAAUCUUUAUGUAGGUCUGGAUGUGCAUGUAUCAUCAUCAUCAUCAUGGAUACAUCAGAGCACCCCAUAGCAGAGUUCCAUGGAGUAAGAGUACACUUUACAAAGCCCUUAGGGUUUUUAUGUUCUGCCCAACUUCAGGCUUGACCUACAGGCCCAUCAAAAUUAACUUAUAACCCAAUGCAGUCAAGCUAGAGUGGACACUAACUUUUUAUUUUCUAGUUUCUUCUUGUUAGCUUCUACCACUGAAAUAUGGCAAUUAUAAACCCUAGCAAAGAUUUCUUCAUUAUUGAUAGUUUUUUAAUAUGUUUACAAUCAUAAUCUCUAAAAUUACUAUAUUGCAAACUUCAAAAUUAUGUCAUUAGCAAGCACAAGUUUACUACCUACUGUUUUUAAGAUUAUAUACAUUUUCAGCUACUUUGAUUUCAUUUUUAAAUUAUUUAAAAAGUCAACUGA